AUCCUUUAGAAGCUUCUCUUCAUGCUCUGGAAAAUACAAAUCAGCAGUGCACAUUCCUUACAGCCUUCUUUUUUGCAUUGCCCAUUUACUGACAGCAAGCAGAAGGUUUCUUUUAUUCAAGCUAUUCUUGGGGUAAGUCUCCUUUCUGGGACCCCAACCUACUUCAAAAAAAAUGAAGUUCUGGGUCAUUUUCAGCCUGAUUCUCGUUCAAGAAAUUCUACAAAAUGUUCAUGGUCAAGCCAAAGCUAAGCGCCCAAAAGAACCUGGUGAGAAUAAAAUCAAACCUGCUAUCAAAAAACUCAAGCCAAAAAUUACAAAAAUGAAAGAAACCACAGAAACCCUAACAAAGACUCCGUCCAUUAUGACCCAAGUAAUGGACAAAGGACGGUUCCAGAAACCAGCUGCCAUGCUAAGUAUGACUGCAGGACAAAGCAUUGAGCUUAGAUGUAAGGGGGACAAGGUCACAUGGAGCUACCCUGUCAAUCUGGAUAAAUUCAAGGACUCCAGACUCAGCGUGAAACAGCACGACAGAUACGGGCAGCUAAUUCUGGUAAACUCGUCGGCAGCAGAUACCGGAGAGUUUAGCUGUUGGGCUCAGGUGUGCAACAGUCACGGCUGUAGAAAAGAUGAAUCAAAGUCUGGCUCUACGUACAUCUUUUUCACAGAUAAAGGAGAACUGUUUGUUCCCUCGUCUAGUUAUUUUGAGAUUGUCUACUUGCAUCCAGAUAAGCCGUCUAUCAUUCCGUGCAGAGUGACCAUCCCAUCAGCAAAAGUCACGCUUCAUAGAGAGUUUCCUGCAGAGGAAAUAAAGGCAGAUGGCACAGAAGUUAUAUAUGAUGUAAAGAAAGGCUUUAUUUACCAACAACCGAAAUGUAACCAAAGCGGAGUGGUAUACUGCCGGGCAGAAGCCAAGGGGGCUCCACAAAUCUCCAUUAAAUACCAGUUACUCUACGUGGAAGUUCCUAGUGGCCCACCCUCUGCUACAAUUACAGCUUCUGCCAACAAGGUCAGAAGUGGCAGUGACUUUAGCAUCUUCUGCACUGUUCUUGGGGAACCUGAUGUGGAAGUCGAAUUCACAUGGAGUUACCCAGGUCAAGAGUAUGAAAGACCUGUUGCUAUUCAGGACUCCUGGAGGCUGAUGAAUCGAGGCAUUGGGUACACCACCCGAAUCUCAAAGAGCGUUAUUUCUGUUGAAGAUUUCGAAACCAUUGAUGCUGGAUAUUAUAUUUGCAAAGCACAAAACCUGCGAGGACAGACGACAUUAGCGACAAGAGUGGAUAGACUUUAAAACUCCGGCUUUCUGACGGCAAAAGAUCUUAAUGGCACCAUUCAAUAAUAGCCAAUAAGGCUUACAGAUGGCAAAUCACCAGCUGGUAAAAAUGAGCCUUCUAUACAUGCUACCCCCAUGCACAGAAGAUCAUUAUAUAAACUCUCCAGAUGCAGAGAAUGUUGGGUCAAGGAAUAACUUGCCAAGUGACUUGUUGGGAAUUCUUACAUCUAUUUUUUGGCAAUAAUUACUCAUUAUGAAAUGCUUAAAACUUGGACGUCUGUACUCAAAUUAUUAAUAACGAUGUAUUUCAUGUAGUUGUGUUUCAUUAGCUAAUAUAAACCAGAAUACAUUAAGUGAAUAUCUAUAAAAAAUUGCUUUGAAAGUUAA